CUUAUUUGGACAACCUUACAAGUAAAUCCGUCAAAAGAAAGGGAAACAUCUCCGCUAUUCUGAACCUGAAAAUGGAGAAGAGCUGCCUUCUGGCUUUUCUUCUCUUUCACAUAACAAUUUUCACAGAAGCUGCAUUUGGUGUGAGCGGUGGAGUUGGUGUCGGUGUUGGUGUCAACAUCGGCUCUGGUAACGGCGGCGUUGGUGUUGGCAUUGGCAGCGGAGGCGGCGGCGGCGGAGGCGGUGGCGGUGGUGGUGGAGGUGGAGGUGGAGGUGGAGGUUUUUGGGUUGGAGGAGGUGGAACCUAUGGCGAAACGCCAUAUGAUUCUUCUUCGGCAGCGAAGCUAGAGAGAGCUUACACUGCUCUACAGGCAUGGAAGUCUGCGAUCACAGAUGAUCCAUCUGGGGUUUUAAAGACUUGGGUGGGAACCGAUGUGUGUUCUUACAAAGGAGUGUUUUGUGCAGAUCCCCAACCUCAAAUGGGAGCAACGCCUAACCCAGUGGUCGCCGGAAUAGAUCUCAACCAUGCAAAUCUCCAAGGGACUCUAGUCAAGGAGCUCUCUUUACUCAGUGAUAUCUCUCUUCUUCACCUAAACACCAACAGGUUUUCGGGCUCUGUUCCUGAAACUUUCAAGGACCUUACGUCCCUCCUAGAGUUGGACCUCAGUAACAACCAGUUUUCAGGUCCUUUUCCUAGUGUCACACUCGAUAUCCCAAAUCUCAUGUACUUAGACCUCAGAUUCAAUAAGUUCUCAGGUCCCAUUCCUGAAAAUCUCUUCAUUGGAAGACUUGAUGCCAUCUUUCUAAACAACAACGAAUUUGGAGGUGAGCUUCCACAAAGUUUGGGGAGCUCCCAAGCUUCAGUGAUAAACUUAGCUAAUAACAAGUUCAGUGGAGAUAUUCCCUUUAGCUUCGGAUUCAUGAGUGGUUCUAAACUGAAAGAGAUUUUGUUUCUGAACAAUCAGUUGACGGGUUGCAUUCCUGAGGGAGUAGGGAUAUUCACAGACAUUCAAGUUUUGGAUGUGAGCUUCAAUGCUCUGAUGGGUCAUUUGCCAGACACCAUGUCUUGCCUUCAAGACAUGGAAGUUCUCAACUUGGGCCAUAACAAGCUCUCUGGGGUUCUUCCAGACCUGGUCUGUUCACUAAAAAGUCUCAUGAAUCUAACCGUUGCUUACAACUUCUUUUCUGGGUUCAGCCAGGAAUGCAGCAAGCUGUUCUACAGGAAUGUCGGGUUCGAUUUCUCUUUGAAUUGCAUUCCAGGGAAAUACAUGCAGAGACCUCAACCGGAAUGCUCUGUCAUUCCCGGCGGCGGAUUAAAUUGCCUGAGGAUUCCGGCUGCCGAGUCCCUUGUUUGUGGGGCAGCGUCUAUAGGUACGGAGAACGUUACAAGCUCAGAGUCACCAUGAGUGAGGGUGGAAAAAGAAAAGAAAAAAAAAGUGGUUGGAUGGUUGUAUUAUUAAUUAUUAGCAAUUAUGAUUUAGAUCUUCCCCAUUUAUUUCUUUUCUCGAAUAGGAUAUAGUACAGCUAAAAGCUCUGGUAUCUGUCUUGAACAGAUGAGAUAGAUCAUACCCAGAAAGCUAAGCCAAUUUUACUUUUUUUUUUAUUAUUUGUGUAGUGUUCAGAUAAAAUACUUUUAAUCACAUAUUAACCAAUAAAAAACUUGUAACUUUAUUAUUAAAAAAAAGUGAAUUUAUAUGCUUAUGUCA